AUGCCCGGUCCCACCCAAGCCCUUUCCCCGAAUGGAGAAAAUAACAACGACAUCGGCCCGGAUGGCUCCAACAUUAUUCCGUAUAGGAAGAAUACAGUGCGAGGGGAGCGCGCCUACAGCUGGGGGAUGGCGGUCAAUGUGUAUUCUACCUCAAUUACCCAGGAGACUAUGAGCAGGCAUGACAUCACGGCCUGGGUUAAUGACAUCCUCUCCCUGAAUUACACCAAAGUGGAGCAGCUCUCCUCAGGAGCAGCCUAUUGCCAGUUCAUGGAUCUUCUUUUUCCGGGCUGCAUCAGUCUGAAGAAGGUUAAAUUUCAAGCCAAGCUGGAACACGAGUACAUUCACAACUUCAAGUUGUUACAAGCAUCUUUCAAAAGAAUGAAAGUGGACAAGAUUAUUCCAGUGGAGAAACUGGUCAAAGGCCGAUUUCAGGACAAUCUUGACUUUAUCCAGUGGUUCAAAAAGUUCUAUGACGCCAACUACGAUGGCAAAGAGUACGACCCUGUGGAUGCUAGACAGGGUCAGGAUGCCAUCCCCCCACCAGACCCUGGAGAGCAGAUCUUCAACCUGCCUAAAAAGUCCCACCAUGCCGCCAGCUCUCCAACUGCAGGAGCAUCGAGGUCGAGCGCCACAACCCCAAAGUCGGCAACUCCAACAUCAAGACCCUCCUCAGCCAAAAAAAUCCCCAUGGCAUCAACUCCUGCUAAAGGAGAGAAGGAGCUGGAGGUGCAGGUCACACAACUUACUGACCAGGUGAACAUGUUAAAGGUGGCCCUGGAAGGUGUGGAGAAGGAACGGGACUUUUACUUCAGUAAACUGCGGGAGGUGGAGCUCCUAUGUCAAGAGCAGGGUCAAAGUGAUCCUCGCUUCGUUGAGCAGCUUAUGCAAGUUCUUUACGCUAUAGAUGAUCAGGAGAGAGGUGACGAACUGGCGGAAGGAGACGGGCCUGAUGUUGAUCAGGAAUCCCAUGAGGCGGUGCCUGAUGAGCAGCAAGAGGAGGAACAGGAUGAAUACUGA